CUUUUCUGAGGAACACACGCUCUCUCUCUUCAGUAUCAACACUGCGGGUUUUGCUUGCGUUAUCCCAUGAUGAUGGACCUUCCAAGACUCGAAGACUACGAGAUAUCACCAAAGACCGGGUUCUUGCCCGAGAAACUGCCUCUUCAGAGACUCUCGGACCACUAUUAUGACCCGUGGGAGGACAUUGCGAGUGUUCUACCGGCGUUGAUCCUCACGAAGCGCACGAGAAAGCUCGUCGACAAGAUGCCAGAGCUCUCGAUUGAGCGUAUCAAGAACGACAAGAGAGAGCUAAGACGUGCCUAUUCGAUCCUCUGUUUCAUCACGCACGCCUAUGUAUGGGGUGUUGACACUGCCACUGACCAUUUACCAAGCCAAAUCGCCAACCCAUUGUUACAGGUAGCAGAUAUAUUGGAGAUUCCACCUCUGGCAACGUAUGCCAGCUUGAUUCUUUGGAACUACAAGCUCAUUUUGCCAACAGACGCUGAUGAGGAGUUGGACUUGGAUAAUCUAACCACGAUCAACACAUAUACCGGGUCUAUUGAUGAGAGCUGGUUCUACUUGGUGUCUGUGUACUUCGAGUACAAAGGAGCAAAGUGCAUCACAAGAGGCUUGGACGCAAUGCAAGCAGUUCGUGACGAUGACCAGAAGAGGGUGGUGGAGGUUUUGAAGUACCUUGCCGAAUCCAUAGACAUGCUAGGAUCAGUCUUGAUGCGUAUGGAGGAGAUGUGCGAUCCACAUACAUUCUACUACAGAAUAAGACCGUACUUGGCUGGCUGGAAGAACAUGGCAGACGCAGGCUUGCCACAGGGGUUGAGAUAUGGAGAAGAGGAGAAGUACAGACUGUACGCCGGAGGCUCUAAUGCCCAGUCCUCGUUGAUUCAGACUUUGGACAUAGUGCUAGGAGUGGAACACUUCCCAACAGGCCAUAGACCUUCAAAUGAAAAGGGUGUUUCAGUGCAUUCAGGAACAAACAACUUCAUGAACGACAUGAGACAGUACAUGCCAGGUCCUCAUAGACGCUUCUUGGAGCAUCUAUCGUUGGUUGCCAACAUUCGAAGCUAUGUUCUGGAAAAGAACAACCCUGAGUUGACCUUGGCUUACGACGCAUGUUUGGCAAUGCUCAAGUCCUUCAGAGAUAAGCACAUUCAAAUUGUGACCCGUUACAUCAUCCUCCAGGCUAAGCUGUAUAAGAAGGCAGGUUCCACUAAUACAUUACGCUCUGGACUUUCGAAGACAGCUGAGAACACCGAGCAGAAGGGUACUGGUGGUACCUCUCUGUUGCCAUUUCUCAAGCAAUGCCGUGAUGAAACCGGGGAUCCCGCUGCUGGUGAAUGGGGUAAGAAGAUUCUGGGUGAAGGUAUCUUGAAGACAAGACCAAAGGGUAAGGAUGUCCAAAAUGAUGAUGGUAAAGUGGUGAAGAAAGCAAGACUUGGACUUGCAGGCGACUGGAGCAGUAACUCUGAUGACAAAACAGGUCAUUGGUGACUCCAAACUAUGCUCUAGUUUUCUAUAUUAUACACAUAUAUAACGAUGUCAAAGAAACGACGAAGAACAAAGGCACUUGGUUUUA